AAUUUAUUUUUCAGGUGAGCAGCCAUGGCUAACCUGCAGCAGGAAUACCCUGUAGUCCUCUUGGGGAUCUUGGAAGAACUGGCCAAUAUGCGUCAGUGGUUGACCUUCCAAGACCUUUGUCGUAUGGUCAGCACCCGCUUUGACUUGGAACACCUCAUCGAGCUCAGGAGUUUGUUGUUUGCUGCUGCUAGCCGGGACCCCUGUUUUCCAGCCACUCUUUUUAGGGAUCGGGUUUCCACCAGGGGACAGGGCUUGUCACCAAUAGGUGUCGCUGCUGACAUUGUGACAAUCUUUAAUCUUAUUCAGAUGACGGGUGGGGCCACUGAUGACAGCCAACCAAUGAGAGCUCAGGCAGUCCUGCCUGUGGACCAGUCCUCAGGCCCCAGUCUGCCCGGGAUCCACCAGCUGAACAUUCCUGGCAGGGAGAGGGCACGCACUCACUCUGACUCCAGUGCAAGCCUUAUUGACAAGCAUUUGCUCUUUCCACAUUCCAAUUACUCAGUGCGCAAGCGAGCCAGUCUUCCUCCUGAUCCUAUCUCACUUGUAUCGCCCCCUCCCAUCAGGACGCGGGCUGUGUCUUUCGACUUGCCUCACACCACACUUUUGUACUCCAGUAAGUGUACUCCCAGCAAGGCCAUGAAGGAUAUUUACCUGCCUUUGGAAACGGACAGUGAGUCAAGUGGCGAUUCAGCUCCAGCUGAGGUGUUUGAAAUGGAACAAGAAUCAACAGUGGACCAGAAGAGAAACAUCUUUAAGAAGGACUUCCACAACCAGCCACCUCUCAUACCAGAGGUGACCGUCAGCAGUAAGUCUCCCAGUCCUAAAGGGGAGAAAGGCUUUGACAAUCACAGCUUUGAAAUUAUCCCUAACCCUUACCCUUCGCCCACCACAGUUCAGCAGUCUCCAGAGCAGCGAACGAAACAUGACAGUCUUGAUGACCUGCAGGACUCUACUUAUUUCGGACCUCGACCAAUCCCAGAGCGAUCCCCUAAACACUUGCAGCCUCCCAGAAGCCAGAGGCCCAUCUGGAGUAACAAGAGUCACAGUCUGGAGGACCGAAUCAGCUCGGAUCGCGCUGAAUCUCGUGCCGUAAAACUACCUAGGCUAUCAAGGCCUGCUAUAAGCAAACUGGGGGGUUCUUUGGGGGGUGAGAUUGGGGACAUUGAAUUUGAUGGGAUGAAGGCUCAAGGAACCCAGACUGAUCCUCCGGACACCAUGCGCCUCCGUAGCUUGGUCCAUGCUGACCGCCUGUCCUUCAUGACUUCAUUAGAUGAUCCAGACUUUGCUGACGAUAACAUUAGCGCCAUCUUCCGCUUUUUAGAUGACAUAAGCAUGUGUGGCUCCACAGGAGUCCUGCACCCUAAUGAUGGGUCCGGGGCCCUCAAUCAGGAUACCCCAGAGGCUAGACGGGGCCGCCUAGGCCAACUCCAGAGGCUUUUCCAUUCUCUGGAAAGCAGCGAUGAUGGACUAAAGGCCAGUGUUUGUAAGGUGCUGCUCCGUAUGAGCCAGAUAGAGCGACAGUUGGAAUCACUGAAUGAUGUAAAAGCGGAGAUCUCCCAGGUGUUGUCUGCUUUGCAGAGACUGGAUGAAAAGAUCCCACAGCCUGCUGUUGGUAGUGGACAUAGCAGCGGUGGCCGAUGGCUGGAGCCCCUCAGCGGUGUCUCUUCUUUCAUGAGCCACCCUGUCACCCCCUCUGAGUCAUCUGAGCCUCAGCCUCUGUCCGUAUCAGAGCAUCUCUUUGGUGCAACCAGCACUAAUAGUCUGGACUGGAACAGAUGGAAUACUCCUGGGGAGCAAACAGAGAUCGGCAAAUCUCAAGGUGACCUAAAAGUGGGGAAAGACAGGAAGAAAGAUGCACUGUCUCUUUGUGCCUCAAAAAACGAGCCUGGGGAGAAAGGUCCAUCUGAUUCCAAGCAGAAUGUGUCAAGCAUGGCAAAAGACUGGAUGGUGUCUUUCUCAAAAAUUAAAUGUGGCAAAUCUUCACACGGAAAAACUGGGCAGGAUGACCAGUCAAGCAGAACUGCAAAACUUCUUUCCCAGAAGUCGUCCAGCUUGGUGGAGCAAGUGUUUAGCUCAUCCUUGUUUGGCAACAAAGAAAGCAGCCUGACUGGUGGCCUCACCGCCGGGAAGAUUAUGGACCCCAGACUGGCUGAAGGGAAGGGAAGAGCCGUCUGGACCGUAGACGACCGAGAGGCACGAGUCUCCCCUUUUGAUUUACAGGCCCGUGAUUCUCUGAACCCUAACAACAUGGAGUUCUGGAUGGACGACAUCUACACUCCGGGCUAUGAUGCGCUUCUCAGGCGUAAAGAGGCUGGCCUCCGCCGGGCCAAAGUUUGCAAGUUGUUAGCACUCAUUGCUGCUGCGCUGGCUAUCAUUCUCAUCAUUGUCAUUCCCAUUUGCACCAUGAGGUCAUGAGAGGUUGCUUUAUGACAUUUUGCACAUCUAUUCUCUGUAGCUUUGAACUAUAAGCCUCUAUCUGUGAAUGCUACUCAUUUUUGUGAAAGCUUCAGCGACUGUGAAUUCAGAGGAUCUGAACAGCAGUUUUAUUGAUUUACUUUUUCGCCUCACGCACGUUACAAACAUUGCACUUUUCUUUCCUUUAUAAACGUAUUGUAAAUUCAGUUUAAAAAAAUUUCCUUGGCUGAUGCAGUGGACUAGAAUAUUAGAUUAUAUGUAUGAAAUACUAUAAUGUAUUUAAUACUGAGCCGUUAUUGGAAAUAUAUGAAUGCCUUGACACAUCAGUCCUGAGAGCUCUGUAAUCAUUUUUGUUUGCUUUUCCCAUGAGAAGUGACAUAGAACAGUCUCAUCAGUAUGAGUUUCGAACAUACAAUUUCUUUUUGUCUCAGUGUUCUUAUACCUCAUCUAAACUACGAAAACUGAAAAAUGCAAGUGUUAAAUCUGCACAGGAAAUAUAUUUGUUUUGUGGUGUCCGGUUUCAAGAGGAGAAUGUCUUGCUGCUGCUGAUGUUGGUGAUAAGGAAGGGAAGAGGAAACAUUUUCCAGUAAACUCUCUCUUAGUGGGAGUUUCCAUUUGUAAUUCAAUAAAUGGGCUGUUUGCAUCCUAGCACAAUAGCUUUUCCCUCUACUCACCCAGCCAAAGUUUUUCCCAACAUGCCGACUCAAUAACAAUUUCAUUUAUCCUCCCCUCGCAGGGAUGAAUGUGGUUUUUACUGUGGUGUGAAGUUCAAUUUUGUUAAAACUUCCUUUUAACCCAAGAGACAAAGACUGACUUUUGAUUCCAGGCUGUCAAGAGUGGUUAAAGUGGUCCACAAAUGCAGUACACGUGAAUCUGAAUUUCGUUACAUCUUCUCUAAUUGUUCUAUGAUUUGAAACUGUGGUCCAUGUCUUUAUUUUGCAUUAUAGACACCUUCAUUUACUACUAGUUUAUCUGUGGAAAGUCAACUAAAUCUACUAUUUGUAAAUAUAUACUACACGUUCCCCCCAGCUUCAUCUUUUGAUGGAAUUCCUUUCUGAGUGCUUUGGCGUAGCCAAUAUUUUUUUGAUAGAUACUAUGCAUAUCAAUGGGGUUUACAGUAUACAUUUCCAAAACAUGUUUUCUCUAGCCAGACCUGCAGGGUUGCCUCUGGCUUUUAGUGCACAAAUAUGCACAGGGUCUAAUGAGAGUAUGGGUUGCUUCAGUGUAUCCUCCUAAGUGGAUGUACAUCUGCCAUGUGUUACCCAUGAGAGUGUUUGUGGAUCCAUUACCAACAUUGCCACUGAAGAGGUCGAACUAUGUAGUCAGCACAAUUUGCAGGUGCUUUGUCUUAAACUUGCAUUAGAGCCUCUUAUUACCCUUUCUCCCCCUGAGAUGCUUUCAUGAAAUCUAGAAAUUGUUAUGCAGGCUCAGGUAAUAGUCAUCAUGUCUUGUGAAUGAAAAAAACUAUGAACAGACAUUGCAGCGAGUUGGUGGGUGGCAGUGCUUGGUGAAAAUGGCACAAAUUAGCUCAUGUUGCCUGAAUGAAAAGUGGGACAAUGCCUUUGCAGAAUAUUGUAUGCUAUGAGUCA